AAAUCCAUGCGGAUGUACUCCGUACAUACAAGUACAAGCCCACCGCACUUCUUGAGUCGUCGUCGUCGUCAUCGCCAACCAUCGUCUCAUCUCACGGUCUUCACCGUAGUCAACUUGGUUGAUACAUCUACAACCUGAUGUCCGACCCCCAGGCGGCAGCGGCCAUAGCAGAGGAUCUUCGCGACUUCAAUACCGAGUUAUGGACGCUCUAUGCGUUCGGCGUCGCUAUAACUAGUCUCAGGACAUUUGCUCGGGUGAAGGCCGUAGGCUUUAGGGAUCUUGGAGCUGAUGACUUUAUCGUCUGGAUUGCUAUUUUGCUAUAUACCACACAGUCGACUCUGGCGUACUUCGCCGUCAAUCACGGCCAAGGUCUUGCGAAUAAUAGCAUGACAGAUGGCCAGCGAGCUGCGUUAGAUGUUAAUUCUGAGGAAUAUGGACUUCGAGUGUUCGGUUCCAAAAUCCAGCUGACAGGCUGGACCUGUUACUGUUGCUUGAUUUUCACGCUUAAGAUGGCAGUACUUGUUUUCUACGUGCGACUUAUGGAGGGCCUCAGCAAUAAAUUCCGAAUUCGCAUCUGGGUAGGGUUUGGGAUCGUUCUUUCAACCUUUCUCGCAUCAAUUAUAACAAUAUAUGCGGCUUGCCGGCCGCUCCAUAAAUACUGGCAGAUCAACCCAGAUCCUGGCAAUGUGUGCCAGGGUGCCAUCGCCAGACCGAUUGUCUGGGUCACUUUUAUCUCGAGUGUGCUCACUGAUAUCUACCUCAUCAUGAUACCCAUUCCGAUGCUUUGGGGCACGAAGCUGCGGAUGGCAAAGAAGAUCGCCAUGACCAUGGUGCUUGGUGCAGGCCUGUUUGUCCUCGUUUGUUCUCUUCUGAAGACCAUCUUCGUCAUAGUGGAUGCCGAACAUGGCGCCGAGCUUGCUGGCAGAUGGGGCACACGCGAAGCCUUCGUCUCAGUUAUCACCACCAAUGUCCCCAUGAUAUUCCCCCUCGUCAGGGCCUGGCUCAAACCACUACUCGGCAGUGGAUUAUUCUCAUCCCACUCGCCAUCCAAGAAUCCCGUUGGCUUCCGAACAAUCGGCGGAGGCUACGGCGGCUCCAACAAGACUGGUGGUAGCCGUGGACGUAAUAAGUUGGGUCCGUAUGCAGCCAACGGCCUGUCAGUCAGCGAGAGCGAGGAACGGAUUUUCCAGAAUGUGAAGAUGCAGAAUAUAAGUAUUAAUUCGGAGCCGGUGUCGGAACUUCAGCGACCGAAGGCUAUUGUGGUCAAUACGGAGUUCCGCAUGACUGAGGAAAGAUAUAUGCAAGACGGCGAGAAUAAUUCUGGGCGUGGUAACAAGGCUUAAUUGCUGUAGUCUUUGGAACGCUGGGUGUAAUUGGAGUUUUGGGGGGGAGGGAGUCCGGAUGGUUCACCGUUUUAUAGUAUAUAACCAUAAAUAUAAUGGUAAAUAUG